CUUUGAGGCAGAGGACGGAGGGAUCGCGGUCUCCCAGAAGCCUGGAAACGAAAUAAAGAGCACUGGGGAACUGAGAGUGGUAGUGGAACCUUAGGAUGCUGGGUUGGAAAUCUAGUAGGAAGUAAGAGAGGCAACACUUGUUGGGACACGUGACUAGAAGUUACGGCCCUAAACUGCGCGGGAUGUAAAAAACGAAGUGAAAUACUUGAGUGUAUGCCCAGCCUUGAUGAAAGCCAACAGAGAAACGAAGCGCCUUUUUGUGGGUGGCCUUGGCCAGAAUAUUUCUGAGGCAGACCUACAAAAUCAGUUCAGCAGAUUUGGAGAAGUUUCUGAUGUGGAAAUCAUCACUCGGAAAGAUGACCAAGGAAACCCACAGAAAGUCUUUGCAUAUGUCAACAUCAGAGUAGCAGAAGCAGACCUGAAAAAAUGUAUGUCUGUUUUAAAUAAAACAAAAUGGAAAGGUGGAACUCUACAAAUUCAGCUAGCAAAGGAAAGUUUUUUACACAGAUUGGCCCAGGAGAGAAAAGAAGCAAAAGCAGAGAAAGGAAAAUCAACAACAAGCAACACCAACUUGUUAGAAAAGAUGGGAGUGGUGGAUUUCCAUUUGAAAGCUGUGCCAGGGACAGAAGUACCAGGGCACAAAAAUUGGGUUGUGAGUAAAUUUGGAAGAGUCUUACCUGUCCUUCACCUAAAGAAUCAACAUAAACGUAAAAUCAUAAAGUAUGAUCCCUCAAAAUACUGCCACAACCUAAAGAAAAUAGGGGAGGAUUUCACGAAUGCUAUCCCUAUAUCCAGCCUCACUUGGGAAUUGGAAGGAGGGAACGAUCCUGUGAGUAAGAAACGACGAGGAGAAUUCUCUGACUUUCACAGCCCUGCCAAGAAGAUAAUAAAAGUGCAGAAGAAUGAGGGUUCCACUGCAUCUCUGGCUUUGAGACCAAAACCUAGUAGCAUAAUGGAGAGUCCACAUUUAAUACAACAGCAGGCUGCACAAAAUACACCUCAUAAUUCCAUUACUCCUAAAUCACCCUGUGUACCUGAUUCUGAUAGUCAGAAACUUAAAAAUGUAGUUUUUCAGACUUCUGACUUAGAAACUACCAAAAAGAGAAAUAGCAUGUCUGAUGAUGAUAUUGAUUCUGAAGAUGAAUUAAGACUAAUGAUUGCAAGAGAGGAAAACCUAGAGAAAACUACAUGGUCCUCAAUAAAUGGAUCGGAAAAUGAUCCCUUUGAAGUUGUAAGAGAUGAUUUUAAAUCACAUUUUCACAGAUUUCAUACUUCAACAGGUUUAGGCAUCAAAAAUAAUGUCUUUUGCCUCAGUAGUGAAGAUAAUGUUAUGGGAAAUGAUUGUGACUCUGAUUCAGGAGAUACAGAUGAAAUCAUUGCAAUGAAAAAAAAUUCUGAUAAGAUCAAAAACAGUGUAGAAUUUUCACAAACAGAAAAGUCUAUGCACAAGAAAACUUAUUUGAAAAAUAGAAAAAGGUGUGAUCUUUCUGUUGAUUGCAUUAAAGUACAAAAAAGAAAAAACAAAGAGAUAGCCCUCAGUCGCAGAAUUAAGCCUCUUAGUUGUGAAUCUCCGACUGAGUCCAGUAGCAGUGAAGAUGCUGAUUCUGUAUCAGAAUCAACCGAGUCUGAAGGAGAUAAGGAGUAUAACACCAUGAUGAAAACCUGUCUCCAUAUGAAUCUCACUUUAGCUGAUUUGGAACAGUUGGCUGGCAGUAACCAGGAGGCGCCAAAAGAAGAUACUGAGAGCAAUGGCCGGAAAACCACUGCCAAGUCUGACAGGGCCUCCAAGAGCCACAGAACUCCAGGUGGCCUCCACAAAGGCCAACAAUGUAUUCAUCCUGAGGAGAUUGUGGCUUCCCUUUUAGAAGGAAAAGAGAACCCACAUGGAAAACAGGAACCAACGGAAAAUACCUUAAAGCCAAAAUUCCAGGCUUUCAAGGGAGUAGGCUGUCUCUAUGGAAAGGAAUCAGUGAAAAAAUCCUUGAAAGAGAGUGUUGCCUCUAACAAUAUUAAUAAAGAUCAUAAAUCCUUGAAACUUGAGGAUCCCAGGAGCAUGUCCAUGAAAAAAUGGUCCUUGUAUGCUAAUGGCCCAUCAAGUAAACUGACUCUUUUCCAACGUGCAAAGAAGGCAAAUGACUCAAACCAAAUUCAGCCUCAAAAGAGACAGUCUACUUCUGAGAGCCAGGCUCACAAGGUGGUAUUCCCUAGCAGUUCAGAAAAGGGAAAUGAAAAUCCUAUUUCUAGUCUAUUGCCACUAAAAGAUAAGAAAUCUUUGAGUCUUGGUGCCAAGACUCCCAGGAGAGACUUUGAUGAAGACUGUUGCCACGGGACUAGAAAUUCAGGAGAGAGCUCCGAAAAGAGGCCUGAUCUGUGCAGCCGCAAGGCCCCUGAGAAAUCACCAGAGGUCUCCUCCAGGAGGGACCCUCAGGGAAGCAAAACUGACUUCCCAUCAGAUGUUAAUGCUAAGGAUAAGCACGCUGAAGAUAAUCAGAAGCGUUUGGCAGCCUUAGAGGCAAGGCAGAAAGCCAAAGAAGUACAGAAGAAGUUGGUUCACAAUGCUCUGGCAAAUUUGGAUGGUUAUUCAGAGGACAAGCCAACGCACAUCAUCUUUGGUUCCAACAGUGAAAGUGAAACAGAGGAGACAUCCACUCAGGAGCAAAACCAUCCAGGAGAGGAACCAGUAAAAGAGUCCGUGGGUGGAGCCUCUGGGAAGCUCUUUGACAGCAGCGAUGAUGAGGAAUCUGGUUCCGAAGAUGACAGUAACAGGUUCAGAAUUAAACCUCAGUUUGAGGGCAGAGCUGGACAGAAGCUCAUGGAUUUGCAGUCUCUCUUCGGCACUGAUGACAGAUUUCGCAUGGACUCCCGAUUUCUAGAAGGUGAUAGUGAAGAGGAACGGGAAGAAAUAAAUGAAAAGAAAACUGCUGAGGAAGAAGAGCUUGCUGCAGAAAAGUUGAAAGCCCUGAAUGUUGUGCAGAGUGUUUUGCACAUCAACUUAAGCAGUUCUACAAGCAAAGGAUCAGUAGCUGCUAAGAAAUUUAAGGACAUCAUACGUUAUGAUCCAACAAGGCAUGACCAUGCCACUUAUGAAAGAAAAGGAGAUGAUAAACCAAAAGAAAGUAAAGCAAAACGAAAGAAGAAAAGGGAGGAAGCUGAGAAGCUACCUGAGGUAUCUAAAGAAAUGUACUAUAACAUUGCUACGGAUUUAAAACAAAUAUUCCAAACUACAAAAGAUACCAUUGAAAAGGAAGACAACACACCCUGGGAUGAGGACUCUGAUGGAGAGAAAGCCGAAGUAGUCCAGGACCCUACAGCUCUGAUGACUGGGGAUGAACAGCCCACCGGGUUCACAUUCUCCUUUUUUGAUUCACACACUAAAAAUGUAAAGGAAGAGACCUAUAGAGUUGAGGCAGUGAAACCUGGGAAGAUUGCCUGGCAGGGAGACCCUCGUUUCCAAGACAGCAGUUCAGAAGAGGAAGAUGUUACUGAAGAAACAGAUGACAAAAAGCCCAGCCCUGGAGAAGUAUCAUUACCUGAGAAAGAGACCACUAGAUAUUUCUUUUUCUCUAAGAAUGAUGAGAGACUUCAUGGUUCUGACUUAUUCUGGAGAGGAGUGGGAAGUAAUAUUAGCAGGAAUUCUUGGGAGGCCAGAACAAACAGCUUGCGUAUGGACUGUCGGAAGAAACAUAAAGAUGCCAAAAGGAGAGUGAAACCAAAAUAAUAAUGUCAUCAUUAGUUUUGAUACUGAAUGUGAACAAGGCUCACCUGUGGAAAUUAGAGUGAUCUAGAAAAUAAGUUUAGCCGACAAAGAAUUCAGAGUGAAAGAAUAUUCAAAAUUUUAUCUGAUGGAUAUCUUUCUGGUUGCUUUCUUUUUCUGUAGAUGUCCUCUUCAUUUGUUCCUAAUUACUUCAAAUAAUUAACCUGAACAUUUAUUUUAAUGAAGCACAAGACAGUCCCUCAAAAUACUUUUCGUAUAUAAUCUCUUUGCCCUCCAUCUUCAAUAACUAAUGGCUAUCUUCUGACACAAGGUGUACAUAAAGCCUUUUAAAAUAUA